AUGGCGGGCCGGGACGCGGGCGGGGCCAUCCCCGUGUGGCUGGCGGAGGAGGACUUGGUCUGCAUCAUCUGUCACGAUCUGCUGGCCUGGCCCGCCACGCUGCCCUGCGGCCACACCUUCUGCCGCGACUGCCUGGUGGACCUGUGGGACGCGAGGCGCGGCCGGUUCUGCCCCACCUGCCGCGAGGGCGCCCCCGGGCCGCCGCAGCUACGGAAGAACACUAUGCUGGAGGACCUGGCCGACAAGUACAGGCGGGCGGCGCGAGAGCUGGAGGCCCCGAGCCCGGACCCCGGCCCGGAGCCCGGUCCGGCACCUCGCCCGGCGCCCGUAUCUGGGCGCCCCACGGCGCAGCCGGAAAUGCGGCGAGUGAAGGCAUCAAAGAGCAUCACAGAAGUUGACCAGGAGCUGGCAAAGCUGGUGGAACGGCUUAUAGAUAUUGUCAGGAACCUUCAGAGUCCGAGACACCGCCCAGAAUCUGAACCAGAUAAAGAAGUGAGCAUUCUGGCUGUGACUUUGUUGGAAGGGGUGGACGUUUCCUUGGCUUCUCCCAAACUGAGUUCCAGCCCACCUGAGCGAAAAAUGAAAGCUAUUCUCCAUGACCUAGAAGAGAUCCAAGAAAAAUUACGAGACAACUUCACGCAGAAAGGGGCCCUUGAAGAACAAACACAGGGUGAGUUGAUGUUAUUUGAAGUUCCAUCUUCUUCCUCAUGCCCACCGCCUGACCAGAGCCGCCUUGCACCCAAGAAGGCGUCCUCGUUUGCUCGAUGGGCCAUCAGUCCAACCUUUGAGCUUGGGAGCCUCUCCUGUAAUCUCAUGGUGUCCACGGAUCUCCGGACAGUGACUGUGUCUACCUUCCCAAAGCUCAAUUCCUGGAGCCCUGAGAGGUUUGCCUCCAGCCAGGCCUUGUGUUCCCAGGCCCUCUCUUCUGGGCAGCAUUACUGGGAAGUGGACACUCAGCACUGCAGCCACUGGGCAGUCGGGGUAGCUUCACGGGGGAUGAAGCGUGACCAGAUCCUGGGGAGGACCACGGACUCCUGGUGUGUGGAGUGGAAAGGGACCAGCAGGCUCUCUGCGUGGUGCAUGGUCAAGGAAACUGUCCUCGGCUCAGACAGACCUAGUGUGGUGGGCAUCUGGCUGGACCUUGAGGAGGGAAAACUUGCCUUCUAUUCCAAGGCAGAUCAGGCGAAGCCUCUGUUUGAGUGCCCGAUCUCUGUCUCUUUUCCUCUACACCCUGCCUUCUGGCUGUAUGGCUUAUGCCCUGGAAAUUCUCUGACCAUAAGGCAAAUGAAUGUGUAAACAUUCCCCGGGUGUUAAACACAUCGAUUUCUGGGUCUCUCUGACUUUUAGCAGGGUGGCAACUUAAGAAUCCCACUUUCAGCACUUCCCUGGUGGUCCAGAUGGUUAGGAAUCCACCUGCCAAUGCAGGGGACAUGGAUUCAGUCCCUGCUUCCAAAAGAUCCCACGUGCCACAGGGCAGCUAAGCCAGUGCGCCACAUCUACUGAGCGCUGGAGCUGUGGAGUCCAUGCCCGGCAACCAGAGAAGCCACCACAGGGAGAAGCCGGCACACCCCAAGGAAGAAUAACGCCUGCUCACCCCAACCAGGGCCCUGCCCGGCCAAAAAUAAUUUUUAAAAUUAAAGAAAGGAAUUGCAAACAAAUAAGGAAUGAACUUUCAAAGUUGAGGAAUGCAAAGUAACUGUUUAACUUGGCUAACUUGCAUUGUUCAAACCCUGCGUGGUCCAAAGAAAGGACAGGCUCUUGAGUAGGAGAUAAUAUCUAAGCCCUUGGAAUAUCCUGCCUGAUAAGACUGUCUUUAUUGGAGGCCCUUGGGCCACUCAGUAUCAGCUCGAUCUCUGGAGGAGCUGGAAACUAAGAUCAGCCAUAUGAGCAGUGAUUCUGCCUACAAAAUAAAGUGACUCAGUCAUGUCUGACUCUUUGCGACCCUGUGGACUGACUAUAGCCUGCCAGGCUCCUCCACCCAUUGGAUUUUCCAGGCAAGAAUGCUGGAGUGGGUUGCCAUUUCCUUUUCCAGGGAAUCUUCCCGACCCAGGGAUUGAACCCAGGUCUCCCUCAUUGCAGGCAGACUCUUGAUCAUCUGAGCCACCGGGGAAUCUGCCUACCGUGGGCCAAUCUAGGCUUUGGACACCGAGUCUUGGACGUGCUUCCCUCGUUGGCAGUAUUCCAUGUGUGUUGUCACACAUCAGGCUGGGAGAAUUAAGCAAUGGCCCUAUAAUGAGAGGGCCUUUUUCCAUUUCUGAUUUUAACCUAUGUCCUUUCAUUGUAAUAAACUGUAGUCACAAGUAUAGCAGCUUUGCUGAAUUCUGUGAGUCCUUCUAGUGAAUCACUGACAAUGAGAUUGAUUUUAGGGGUCCUCCUCCCCACCCACAGGGGGCAUGCUGUCAAGCGCCGUGUAAUACUAUCAGGACACAUUCAGUGGCUUCAAACAACGCACAUUUACAAUCUCAAGGCUUCUAUGGGCCAGAGUCAGGGUACAGCUUAGCUGAGGCUUCUGUUCUGGAGUCUUGAAAGCUGCAGUCAGAGUGUGAACUGGGGCUGGGUGACGUGGAGGCCCCCCUGGGGAAGGACUUGCUUCCAAGCUCACGUGGUUGUCGGCAGUAUUCAGUUCCUCGUGGGUUUUCAGACUGAGGACCCCAGGUCCUUACCCAGUGGGUCUCUGCAGCGUAGCUGCUUGCUUCAUCAAAGCCACGAGGGAGAUCAGCUCUCCCAAAAGGUGGACAUUCAAUCUUUUAACAACUCUAUCUUUAAUUUUUAAAAAAAUUGUUAACUUUUAAUGGAAGAGUAAUUGCUUUAUAAUACUGGUUCGGUUUCUGCCAUACAUUCAAGAGGGAGGGGCCAUCUGUAUACCUGUGGCUAAUUCAUGUUGAUGUGUGGUAAAAAUGCUUUUUAAU